GUGCCCACUAUGUGUUAGGACUCGAGAAAGAGGAGGCGGGCGGCAGGCAUGGAAGCUGAGGGGAUAGUAGAGAGAAGCUGAGAGAACAGCCGCAGGAAAGAUUUGAAUGAGAUGUCAGGACGCUGGCUUUUCUGCCUGGGGAUCUAGGCUGCCUGGAUUCCCAAGGUCUUGGGGAGGGUCUAGCCCUGAAUGUGGCCACAUUCAACUGGGGCUAGGCCUUGGGCCAGCACUUUAACAGGGAAGGACCCAAGAGGCAUGGCCUGGUGGUGUCUGGAUGGGCUUCCCUCAGGCCUUGCUGAGCCAUGGAGAGAACUCUGGAGAUGGCGCUCAAGACCCCUGCACUGUGUACCUCCUUUCUCACCUCUGGCCAGGAGCAGCAGGGACCAUAGAAACUUAAGGAUGAGGGGGAACAUAGAUGGCUGGAGACAGAAUCUGGAGCCUUCAAAUAAUGUGGAGAUGUUUCCACCUUCAGGCCAUCAAGAUGUCUCAGAGAGGCGGCCAGACACCCAGAGACCUCGAGUGACCAUGUGGGAGCGGGAUGUUUCCGGUGACAGGCAGGAGCCAGGACGGAGAGGCAGGUCCUGGGAGCUGGAGGGGUCACAGGCCCUGAGCCAGCAGGCUGAGGUGAUCGCUCGGCAGCUGCAAGAGCUGCGGCGGCUGGAGGAGGAGGUCCGGCUCCUGCGGGAGACCUCGCUGCAGCAGAAGAUGAGGCUAGAGGCCCAGGCCAUGGAGCUAGAGGCUCUGGCACGGGCAGAGAAGGCCGGCCGAGCUGAGGCUGAGGGCCUGCGUGCUGCUUUGGCUGGGGCUGAGGUUGUCCGGAAGAACUUGGAAGACGGGAGCCAGCGGGAGCUGGAAGAGGUUCAGAGGCUGCACCAAGAGCAGCUGUCCUCUUUGACCCAGGCUCACGAGGAGGCUCUUUCCAGUUUGACCAGCAAGGCCGAGGGCUUGGAGAAGUCUCUGAGUAGUCUGGAAGCCAGGAGAGCAGGGGAAGCCAAGGAGCUGGCUGAGGCUCAGACGGAGGCUGAGCUGCUUCGGAAGCAGCUGAGCAAGACCCAGGAAGACUUGGAGGCUCAGGUGACCCUGGUUGAGAAUCUAAGAAAAUACGUUGGGGCACAAGUCCCUUCUGAGGUCCACAGCCAGAUAUGGGAACUGGAGCGACAGAAGCUUCUGGAAACCACGCAGCACUUGCAGGAGGACCGGGACAGCCUGCACGCCACCGCAGAGCUGCUGCAGGUGCGGGUGCAGAGCCUCACACACAUCCUCGCCCUGCAGGAGGAGGAGCUGACUAGGAAGGUUCAACCUUCAGAUUCCCUGGAGCCUGAGUUUACCAGGAAGUGCCAGUCCCUGCUGAACCGCUGGCGGGAGAAGGUGUUUGCCCUCAUGGUGCAGCUAAAGGCCCAGGAGCUGGAACACAGUGACUCUGUUAAGCAGCUGAAGGGACAGGUGGCCUCACUCCAGGAACAAGUGACAUCCCAGAGCCAGGAGCAGGCCAUCCUGCAGCAAUCCCUGCAGGACAAAGCCGCAGAGGUGGAGGUGGAGCGGAUGGGUGCCAAGGGCCUGCAGUUGGAGCUGAGCCGUGCUCAGGAGGCCAGGCAUCGGUGGCAGCAGCAGACAGCCUCAGCCGAGGAGCAGUUGAGGCUUGUGGUCAAUGCUGUCAGCAGCUCUCAGAUCUGGCUCGAGAGCACCAUGGCGAAGGUGGAAGAGGCUGCCGCCCGGCUUCCCAGCCUCAACAACCGACUCAGCUAUGCUGUCCGCAAGGUCCACACCAUUCGGGGCCUGAUUGCUCGAAAGCUUGCGCUUGCUCAGCUGCGCCAGGAGAGCUGUCCCCUACCACCACCAGUCACAGAUGUGAGCCUUGAGUUGCAGCAGCUGCGGGAAGAACGGAACCGCCUGGAUGCAGAACUGCAGCUGAGUGCCCGCCUCAUCCAGCAGGAGGUGGGCCGGGCUCGGGAGCAAGGGGAGGCAGAGCGGCAGCAGCUGAGCAAGGUGGCCCAGCAGCUGGAGCAGGAGCUGCAGCAGACCCAGGAGUCCCUGGCUAGCUUGGGGCUGCAGCUGGAGGUAGCACGCCAGGGCCAGCAGGAGAGCACAGAGGAGGCUGCCAGUCUGCGGCAGGAGCUGACCCAGCAGCAGGAACUCUACGGGCAAGCCCUGCAAGAGAAGGUGGCUGAAGUGGAAACUCGGCUGCGGGAGCAACUCUCAGACACAGAGAGGAGGCUGAACGAGGCUCGGAGGGAGCAUGCCAAGGCUGUGGUCUCCUUGCGCCAGAUUCAGCGCAGAGCCGCCCAGGAAAAGGAGCGGAGCCAGGAACUCAGACGUCUGCAGGAGGAGGCCCGGAAGGAGGAGGGGCAGCGACUGGCCUGGCGCUUGCAGGAGCUAGAGAGGGAUAAGAACCUCAUGCUGGCCACCUUGCAGCAAGAGGGUCUCCUCUCCCGUUACAAGCAGCAGCGACUGUUUACAGUUCUUCCUUCCCUACUGGAUAAGAAGAAAUCUGUGGUGUCCAGCCCCAGGCCUCCAGAGUGUUCAGCAUCCGCACCUGUAGCAGCAGCAGUGCCCACCAGGGAGUCCAUAAAAGGGUCCCUCUCUGUCCUGCUUGAUGACCUGCAGGGCCUGAGUGAAGCCAUUUCCAAAGAGGAAGCUGUUUGUCAAGGAGACAACCUUGACAGAUGCUCCAGCUCCAAUCCCCAGAUGAGCAGUUAAGCAGCUGACAGCUGGAGGGAAAGCCAGCCUGGGGGCUGGGAGGAUCCUGGAGAAGUGGGUGGGGACAGACCAGCCCUUCCCCAUCCUGGGGUUGCCCUGGGGAAUACCAGCUGAGUCUGAAUUCUGCUCUAAAUAAAGACGACUACUGUAGGA